AUAUUUCAGAGAAUUUAACAGUAGAAAAAGAAAAUGAAGAAUAUACAUCUCCGCGAAACCUCGUCAACAUUUUGGUAGCCCGUGGCGAUGGGCAUCUUGAGGCCGUGAGGAAGCUUUUCGCAACACAGUACAAAUUCAAAUGGCGCACAGAAACCGGAGAUCCCGAUCAGUUCAGUUUCUACGGAUUUUGUAAGGACUUAAAAGACGCUGGAGGCGAAGAUGUUAUGACGUACGGCACAAGAAAAGCGCACGUGAUUUUAAGGCUAUAUCAUGCACAGGAAAAAUUGCAUAAAAUCCGUCCUCUCACUCAUCGGGAACUUUGCCCGCCUGUGUAUGUGCGUACAUUAGUUGGCAAACGUUGGACGUGGAAGAAAUGGAUAUGCAACCUCGAUCGGAGUGUAUUUGAAACAACCGAUGAGGAAACAGAUAUAGACUGGAUAACAAACGUUCCGUUGAGGGAUUACAUAACAGUUCAUUCAGUGCAAAAUGAUGUAGGCCUAGCUUUUCCCAACGAAAAAGAUCUUCACCUUUACUGGGCAGUAUUUGAAGAAGACGAUUUCGAGGAAAACCAACCCCAUGUCGCCCACGGGGACAAUUUGGGCACGACACAAGUAUAUGUUGGAAAAGCAAUGCGUGGUAUAAAAGAUCGAUGGAUGGCGAAUACCAAAUCAGAUUGUAGGAAUAUGGAGCUCUCACGAAACGUCAUGUACAACAUGAUGAAUUAUGAUCAGAAUACCUUAAAGGGACAACAGUUGGUAGACUUGAGACUCUUGCUUCACAAAGCCGAUACUUAUCAUCGAGAAAGGCACGGAGGAGACCGUUAUGGGUUAUUUAUAAUGGUCGACAAGGCUAUGGCGACGCCGGAGAAAAUGUAG